CGAGUAUAUAUAUAUAUAUCAUCAAAUCGACGAGCUGUAAAGUUGAUUUCAUGAGCAUCGGCAACCACAAGAUUACCAUCUUCAGCUUCGUUCCUUGACUUCUUAUCACUCUUGAGACUUCACAUCAGUUCAAUCUUUGGGACACUUCAAGAUGAAAGCUAUCACUGCGCUAGCUGGCUCCGGCCUCAUCACCCUCGUUCACGGUCACGGGUACUUGACUAUCCCCACCAGCCGUACUCGCCAAGGAUCGGAGUCUGGAAAGGAUACUUGCCCGGAAUGCACCAUUCUCGAGCCGGUCACAGCCUGGCCGGAUGUCGAUGUGGCAAAGGUGGGCCGCUCCGGACCUUGUGGAUACAACGCCCGUGUGAGCUUCGACUACAACCAGCCCUCAGCGGACUGGGGAAACAAGAUCGUCGCCACGUACUCUCCGGGAGAUGUUGUCGAUGUUCAGUGGUGCGUCGACCACAACGGCGACCACGGCGGAAUGUUCGCCUAUCGAAUUUGCCAGGACCAGGCUAUUGUUGACAAGUUCCUCGACCCCAACUAUCUCCCCACCGAGGAGGAGAAGCAGGCGGCCGAGGACUGCUUCGAGAAGGGUCUCCUCCCUUGCACUGACGUUGAUGGCCAGGACUGCGGAUAUAACCCCGACUGUCAGCAGGGCCAGGCGUGCUACCGAAACGACUGGUUCACUUGCAACGGAUUCGACAACGGCGACCAGACCAAGUGCCAGGGUGUCGACAAGGCUGCGCUGAACUCAUGCUUCACGACCAUCGCAGGUGGCUACACAGUUACCAAGAAGAUCAAGAUCCCAGACUACGUGUCCAACCACACGCUGCUCUCGUUCAAGUGGAACUCUUUCCAGACGCCUCAGGUGUACCUGUCGUGCGCGGACAUUGCUAUUGCCGACGGCGGUUCCGCAUCGACUACGACCAGGCGAUCCACAGCCACCAGUUCGUCCGCGGCCCCUACAACAAGCACCACGUGUACCGCCACCGUAAGUAAAGUAGCGCUGACAUUCAACCAGGCCGUCGUAACAACGUACGGGGAAACAAUUAAACUUGUGGGCUCCAUCCCCGAGCUCGGCAACUGGGAUGUCGCGGCUGCGCCGGCACUGUCGGCAGCCCAGUACACCGCCGCGAAGCCCCUGUGGACGCUCACCUUGAGCCUCGCACCGGGCCGCAAGUUCGAGUAUAAGUUCGUCAAGGUGUCGAGCAACGGGGCGGUCUCAUGGGAGAGUGACCCGAACCGCUCGUACACCGUGCCGAACUCGUGCGGAUCGACAGCCACUACUGUCGAGGGAACUUGGCGCUAAAAUAAAAUUCUGUACAUUUAUUUUAUUCUUUCCGAUUAUGGAUAUACAUAUAUAGG